GUAUAAACUAUUUUCUAACCUAUAAAAAAAUCUAACAACAUAUAUUUCCAAGUAAUUUCAAAGAAAUAUCAUUUGUAUUUUAAUAUUGGACAGAAUGAUGACUUUGGAACCGUGUGAAUACAGUGGCACUACGCCGAUAUUGACAAAGAAAGAGCAGAGGCACAGCUUAUCUGCUAAAAAAGGACGUGCUAAGGGAUUACGGAAUAUCUUGGCACAACCCAAUUUAAAUUUUUGGCCAGUUAUCAAUGUGGAUCAGUAUCCUGAAUUGCUGAAAAAUUUGAAUACAGCAUUGCCAUCAAUUAAAUGGCCUGAUAAAAUUCCCAUGCAUGUAUAUAAAAAAGUAUCAAAAGAAGAUCGUGCAUCAAUAAAACAAAAGAUGCUAGAAAAGGCACCUCCGAAACCAGAUAUAUUGAAAUUUAUGAUCAUGGGUAUUAAUGCAGUCACUCGAGCUUUAGAAAAGGAUGAUAUAUGUUGUGUCUUAUUAGAUGCUAAUGUUGAACCGCCUUUAAUGAUAAAGCAUAUUAUUAUUAUGGCAAUGAACAAAAAAAUACCUGUUAUUCUUUUACCCACUCUAAAAAUAGUUACAUUAGAAAAACUAGGAUUUGCCACAACAGCUUUUGCUUUAAAGCAAGAAAUAAUGCAAUGUCCGGAUAAUGUUUGCCAUCUAUUAUAUAAAUCGAUAGCAAAAGCUUCUGAAGAUUUUGAAUUGCCAGAAUGCCUACUUAACUAUCUUAAACCUGAUGAGAUAUCUGAUAAAAAAAUAAUUUGUGAACCGAAGAUUACAGAUAUGGAUUGUGAUCCAAUUCCAAGUAUUUCUAAGUCAGAAAUACCUAUUACAGUAUUUACAACUGUAUAUAAAUAUAGAUCUUUAAAAAACAAAAGAGCUUUCAUACCGCCAACAGUCAACCAAACUUCUUUAACUGAAAUACCAUCAGAUGAAUUUAUUGCUUUAAGUAAUGAUUUUGUUUCCAUCAACGAUAAAAAUAGCAUAAAAACAUUGAAAAAUAAGAGAUAUGUAGAUAUCAGCGAGAAUGAAAAGAAUAUAGAAGAAAAGCAAUUAUCUAGUGAGUCGAAAUUAAUUAAUACUGACACAAAUUCGAAGCACGUAAAAAAGCAUAAGUUAAAAGAAUACCAAACUAAUGAACCUAAUUAUUUACCAUUAAAAAUAAAACGUAUACAAGGAAACAAUAAACGAACAAAAGCAACUAAAUUUCCUAAAAAAAAAAAUGAAAAGGCAAUAAAAGUGCUAUACAGCUAGCAGUAAAGCAGCUUAACAAAUAAAAGAUUAGACAUAAUUUUUAGUAUCAUACAAUAAUAUUAAUUUUAAGUGGAAAAAUAUU